CUGCGGCAGCGGAGCUUCUUUCCUGGUGGCUGUUGGAAGGGCAGCAGUCCCUCAGCGCCGGCCUUGGCCUUGGCCUUAGCCUCGAGGGUAAAGGCGGCAGCGCCUUUGCUGCCCUGUGAAAGGCGUUUGUGGAGCGCCAGCGACAUCCUCCGGCCACAGGAGGGGUGUCCGGUUUUGACGCGCGUUUUAGGUCUGCUCCGUGUUAUGCAGGAAACACCGAAGCUAGCUUCUUACGUUUCAAAAUCCGGCUUCAUCAGCCAAGGGCUUCAUUACUCCCAUACGGUCUUUCUUUCUGGAAAUAAUUAAUUUUUCAGUCUUUCAUUAAUACUAGGGAAAGAUCAAGGUAAUGCUAGCGCAGGUAAGCUUCAGAACUAAUACAGACACGGAAUUAAUCCUUUGCGGGGUUUUUAAAUACCCGGAUAAAAGUCGCCAGUAAAACAAACAGCUGGCCAAACCUGAGGUGAAUGGCUGCCAAGAGGCUUCUCAGGGAGAAGAAACAAUCAGCUUACUUUAACGCUAGGAGUCUUACCUAGGACUUGAUGAUUCUGAAGAUCUUUUCCAAUAUAGUUGAGACUAUGAUUAUAAACUUCCAGCACGGGAGAUCCCGGCUUCGUUUAAAAACGUGCCCUGUGCUUAGCUACAAAAUCCUUGUUAAGUGUUAGCUCUGGUUUCUCACGCUAAAAUUGCGAUAGUGUUUUCUUCCCUUCCAUAUACUUGUGCAUAAAUGUAUGUAUACAUGCACACAUAGAAUGAGUCUAUCUCUAAGCCUGUCAGGAAAGAUCUAUAGCUGGCAGCUGAUAGCGCCCAGGGCUGGCUGAAGAUGUCUUUCAUUUUAGUGGAAGCCCCUUCGAUUACGAAAGGAAACCGUUUAUUACGAGACGGCAUUAAACGCGUUUCCAACUGUUUUUUCCCUAGGAAGACCCCACCGCACCCCCACACGCGCUGCUUCAGGAGUGCCCCCGCACGGCACCUCCCCACUGCGCCCAAGAGCGGUGUUGUUUAACAACCCUGCGCGUUGUCAGGCGCCCUGUGCUGUGAUGCCUGUGCCGCCGUUGGAGCAGCCCACUGGCCGGAUGUGAAUGGAGUCUCAGUAUCUGAAGAGAUGCCUGGGGAGUUGCUUGAGAAAGGGACUGGCAGAGGUUGCAGAACAUCAGCCCGCAGAUCCAAUUGAAUAUCUGGCACACUGGAUUUACAAUUAUAGAAGAGUUUUAGAUGAAGAAAAAAAGUGUUGGAGAGGAUUGAGCUGGAACGGGAAGCAGAGGUGGCCCAGAUUGAACUCGAAAUGUUACAAAAAGUGAAGGAAGAAGAACUAGUGAUCCAGCAGAAACUUGGACAACAUCAGGUUCAGCUGGAACAAGAGCGCAAGGAGUUGGAGCUGCAGUAUGAAGAAGACAAAAUGCCAUUGCAGCAGGAAGAUCAAGAGGAAAACAAUGAAAAGAUGAUAGCUGAAUUUACAGAUAGAGCUGGAGUGUCUAAUUUGACCAGUGUUGAGGAGCUAGAUGAGAAUGAACAGCUUGAGAGCACAACAGAAGCAGAACAAGAAAGUUCCCAACUGAUCUGAAAGCAGUAAAUAUAUUUUCUACUCAUUACUUGCUGAUCCUGAGGUGCAAUGUCUUAAUUUAUGUAUUUUACAUAUAGAACUGAUUUAUAUACCUGUUGUUUUGGUUUCUGUGCUUUCUGGGUGUUUGUAUAAAGUCUGUUAAUUCUCGCAUGUGAUGCUUCCUUUUUGUUCUUAAACCACUGUAGCUAGUCUGGCUAACUCAGGCAAAAAAAUGCAAUUGAAAUGAAAGUAGUAAAUGUAUUUUCUACUUAUUACCCAUUGAUUCUUGAAGUGUAACUGUAAUAAUUAUAUAUACAAUUACAUUGUCGAGAUUAUUUUGGAGUAGAGGCUACAAUAUCAUAAUUUGAAUCAAUAUUGAAAGAACAAAAGGUUCUUUCUUUGAAAGAACAAAAUGUUGAAAAUGGAUUUUCCAAGAAUUUGAAUGGUUUCUGAUAGAAAGAGGGCAGGCUCUGCAGAUUAGAAGAUGGAGAGAGAAUUCUGCACAGCAAACUAGACACAAAAAUCAAAUCAGAAGAUUUCCCAAUUUAUAUGGAAGAGAAAAAUUGAACUCUGUGACUCAGUAAACAGAUCCACUAGAAGAUCUUGUGUGUCUAAGAAAUCUUGAAGUGCUUUUUGUAUCACUGUUAGCUUUAGGCUUCAUAAUAACCUUUUCUGGCCAUUGUGUGGUAUUAGGUGAGCUGCAAGUGUCUGCAUAUCAAUUUUGAUCGCUCAAGUCUUAAAAUAAUCUUUACUGCAUUUGUCUUGAAUUUGCAAAUCAGUAAAUUACAUCGGUGUUGUUUUUACUAAAUAACCAUUAUUUGUUCUCAAAGCUUCACUUGCAAUAGAAUAUAUUAAUUUCUGCAAUCACUGAUGCCUUGGUACAGGUUAUCAAGAAUGUUCCAUGUUCAUUGUAAGUGGAAAAGACACCAGCAUUAACAAAUCACACACUUCUUGGCUAAAACAUGCCUUUGCAGCUUGGUGUCUUCUAAUAGUACAGGUUAGUUAGACAACUAAUGUUAAGUCAUUGCCAAUAGUGUGUAAUGAAAAUACAUUACAAAUUCAGUGCUGCAUAGUUGGUGCAUUCACUACAUUCUUCAAUUUUGGGAUGAAAGAGAUUCUGAGGAUAAUUUCACUUUCAUUUGUUUGUAUUUUAGCUAGCUUUAACAGUUUUGCUCUUUGGGAAACUGUUAAAAAUAUCUAUUUACCCAACAGGCAAAGGCUAAUGGUGUAAUAUUUUUCUGCUCUAAAUAACUUGUUCUGUUCAUGUAGCUCAUACUAAGCAUAAUCCUAUCAAUUUUUUAAAAGGUAAGCACUACUGAUUUCUAAAAUAGUAAUCUGUUAUUUUUCCCUUAAAAAUAAUAAAGUUUGUUUAUUAAAAAA